UGGCAUCUUUAGUGUGGGCUCUCAGCUGUGACAGCCUGGUGCCCAGUGCGCAUGCGCGAGAAGUGCUGCGCUUUGUCAGCAGUCUCUGGUCAUCCCCUGCACUGUCCGCAGUCUCUGGUCAUCCCCUGCACUGUCCGCAGUCUCUUGGUCAUCCCCUGCACUGUCCGCAGUCUCUUGGUCAUCCCCUGCACUGUCCGCAGUCUCUUGGUCAUCCCCUGCACUGUCCGCAGUCUCUUGGUCAUCCCCUGCACUGUCCGCAAUCUCUGGGUCAUCCCCUGUACUGUCCGCAAUCUCUGGUCAUCUCCUGUACUGUCCGCAGUCUCUUGGUCAUCCCCUGUACUGUCCGCAGUCUUUUGGUCAUCUCCUGUACUGUCCGCAGUCUCUGGUCAUCUCCUGUACUGUCCGCAGUCUCUGGUCAUCCCCUGUACUAUGUCCACAGUCUCUUGGUCAUUCCCUAUACUGUCCGCAAUCUCUGGUCAUCUCCUGUACUGUGUCUGCAGUCUCUGGUCAUCUCCUGUACUGUGUCCGCAGUCUAUGGUCAUCUCCUGUACUGUGUCUGCAGUCUCUGGUCAUUUCCUGUACUAUGUUUGCAGUACAUUGGUUCAGAAUAUAAAACCUAGGUGCAUCUUAUGGUCA